CCCCCAUAGCGGAGAGACAGAGUGGUACGGUCCAGACGCAGCCUUUUCCCUAUGGAGUUGUUGCUGAGGAGGUUUCAGAGUUUCAGGGAGAACGAGAGCGAGGACGGGCGGCGAUAUGGCGCUGACAAUGACUGCCCAAUGUCUCAGGAAUAACCCGAUUCACUCGGGGCUGAAUGUUAGGAUCUUAUUCAUGAUGUCUUUUGUGUCAGGUGUGGUAUAUGGCAGUCAGGUGGUCGUCCCCCCUAAAGUGAAUGCAGUGCUGGGCAAGAACGUCACCCUCGGUUGCACGGUCCAGGUGGAUACGAAUCUCAGCUUGACCCAGAGCUCUUGGGAGAGGAAGCUGCCCACCGGCUGGGUGACCCUGGCCGUCUACAACCCCACGUUCGGCAUCUCCAUUCCACCCGAAUACGCGCGACGCCUUUCCUUCCACUCACCCUCGGCGCGCGACGCCACCAUUGUCCUGGAAGACGUGGGCUUCGCUGACGUGGGCAUCUACACCUGCAAGGUGGCCACCUUUCCACUGGGUAACACGCAGGCAUCCACGACCGUCAGUGUGCUAGUGGAACCGAAGGUGUACAUCUCAGCCGGAUCUUCCGCUCUAAUCGAUGGUGGAAAUGAAACCACGGUGGCGACGUGUAUCGCAGAGAGAGGACGGCCUCCCGCUGAGGUCUCAUGGGCGACGGAUCUCUAUGGCACAUCCGAUGCCCACAUGCAAGAGGAUGCCAACGGCACCACUACAACAAAAGUGCACUACAUCUGGCAGCCCACCCGCCAUGUCCAGGGUCACACUUUAACAUGUGUGGUAAAACACCCUGCCCUCCAUAAAGACUUCAGGAUCCCAUACACCAUCAAUGUGCAAUUUGCUCCAGACAUCCAGGUGCUGGGCUAUGACGGCGACUGGUAUGUUGGCAGGGAGAACGUACGACUGCAGUGUCAAGCCAAAGCCAACCCACCCGCCCAUCACUUCAGAUGGAUCAGGUUGGAUGGAGAGAUGCCAGAUGGAGCACAGGUGCUGAAUAACUCUUUGGUGUUUACGAAGCCCCUGCAGAAAAACGAUUCUGGGGUUUACAAGUGUGAUGUGGCCAAUGACAUCGGACUUCAGAGUCGAGACAUUCGAAUACGAAUUCAGGAUCCUCCCUCAACCACCACCAUGCCCCCCACCACCCCUGUGCGCCUCCUAACCGCAGACAUCUCUGCCACAGAGCCUGGUAAUAAGCGACGAGCACUCAUCACCUCUCCGACCCUGGCGCCUCUGCCGGAGGGUAGCCUGGGUGCCAUUGUGGGCGGGGCAGUGGGCGGAGCCCUCUUCCUCCUGUUGCUGCUCAUUCUGGCCGGAAUUUAUUACCAGCGUCAGCGUCGGACGUUCAGAGGCGACUACUAUACAAAGCAGUAUCACGGCCCGUCUGACAUGCAGAAAGCUCCCCAGCCUCAUGAGCUGCAGCAGGUGCACAGCAAAGGCAGCCCAGACACCAAGCUCAAAUCCAACCAGGAUAAUGGCACGAUCUACCCGGAUAAGGAUCGAGAAGAAUGGGGAGAUUUCGACCGUGAGAGGUCACCCAACGGUCGCAGCAGAGCCCUGAGAGAAGCAGGCACUCCGCUUAACCAUCAAAACCAUCACAACCAUGAGCAUGGCUACCACAACAAUCAUCACCUCAACCAUCAAAGUUUCAGUCCGGCCCACCAGAACCAAAGGAGCUCACUGCAGCCAGAGCCGCGCAGGUACGCAGCGCCGCAAGUCAUGAGCAACGGCUCCCCCUACCUGCCGGAGGACUGCUACGACAAUGAUUAUGUGUCGCACACAGAUGGCUCCAUGAUCUCCCGCAGGGAGUGGUAUGUCUAACAAGAAAGAGCAGGAAAGACUGCAAAGACAUUUAGGAAAUGCAUCAGACUGCAAAAACGACACAAAGAUGGCAGAGUAACAGUAUGUAAAGACAAUAAGUAGAAAUAGUUCUCUUGCACCUUUUCUAUAGAUGAUUACACAACCUCAAUUUGCAGUAGUGUUUUUUGUACUGUACAUUAGUUAACUCUUCAUAGUUAGCUUGUUUAAAGAUGUUUUGGGACCAAGAGGCAGUAUAAUUUCUUCAUUUGUUAAAGAAGAGACGGUCAAUUUAUGUACUAUAUCCAAUAAACCUAUAGAGGUUUGAGUUCAGGUGCGAUUUAAGUUGGGUUGCCAAAUCGAUAAUUUUCCUCCUUUUCUUGCGUUGCACAGUUAAGGUGCACCGUUUAAUGAUUAAAAAGCUGUUAAUAUCGAACAAAUAAAAUGUAAAGUAUGCAGAUAACCUGUCGAUAAGUGUUUCAGCUUAGCACUAAGAGUUUCUGUGAGUCACAUCAACUUUCAAUAGUGCCGUCACUGUGAAAGAGGCAGAAAUUAGCUCCCGUCAACAGCCAGGCGGUUUCCAUGGCAACAUUUAAUUCUCUACUGGCAUUCAGUGUUGGAGUGCUAUUGGGCGGAGCCAGACGGGGACGACGGUGCACGGUUUGAUGAAGCCAAAAUGGGAGAAGAAAAAUACAGACAGAUGAUUGCUGAAAAGGGACGACUGUAAUUUUCAAUUCAUCUUCACUGUAUUCUUUUGUACAAAACUCUUUGCCUGUGUUUGUGUGUGUGUGCGCGCAAGUCUGCAAAUGGAAAUGCACAUCCAUAACUACUGCCAUUGUUCUUCAAAUUAUAUAUAAAUAUAUAUUCAGUAAUCGCUGAAAGCUGUCCCAUAUCAGUGUAGCUCUCUAUCUGGCUUCAUUUCACAGAGCAUCACUACGCAGUAUUAGGACCCACCUGUAUACAACAGCUGUUGAUCUAUCAGUCUAGUACGCAUUACGUCACCGUUAAGCUCGUGUGCUUGUCUCGUGUGGUUUCGUGUAUACAAGAGUGAGAGAUUUCUAUGCGAGUGUUUUUCUAUGCCCGUAUACAAUCCACCGUGUAAAUUUAGUUGGCUGCUGUUAACCUAUCCAGUGUUUCGAAUCAGUCUGUGCAAUAGGGUGAAAUCUGAGGCCAUUACUUCACUCUCUGACAGCGUUUAAUGCAAAAGACGAUAGCCAAACACAGAUUAUUAUUAUUAUUGGUCAUAAAGUUUAUAGUGUUGGCUGGAUCAUUAUAAGCUAGUAAGUGCAUAUGGUUGGCUUCAGGAAAAUGCGUCUGGAUGAUAUUGUAGUGCCUUAAACUGAUUGUGUGCCUGUAAGCAUUACUGUGAGCAGGUAUUGUAUUUUCAAAAGUUACGAAUGAUGAAUGCGAACCGCUGUAACUGUGGGUUUACAUCAGAUGCGAGUUCAACGAUUUGCGCGAGAAGAUUACAUACAAAGUCAAUGCAAAGACGCGAUCAGACGCGUCCUCGCGUGGGGCGAUGCGAAUGAUGCGAUAUGGGCGGCGUGUUUGCCGUCAAAACACGCUAUUCGCCUCAAACGCGUCUUUCAACUCGAGCGAAAAAUUGGCACAGUUACUGUUGGUUUGCACCAAACGAGUAGCGAGCAAUUUAACUUGCGGGAUUUAACUUCAAGUCAUGCAAAUUUUUCGCUCGAGUUGAAUAUUUUCAACUUGGGCGAAAACGCGUUUGAGGCGAAUAGCUCGUGUUUUCACGGCAAAUGCGCCACCCAUAUCGUGUCAUUCGCAUCGCCCCACGCGACCACGCGUCUGAUCGCGUCUUUGCAUUGACUUUGUAUGUAAUCUACUUGCGCAAAUCAUUGAACUUGCAUCUGGUGUAAACCCACAGUAAGGCACUGAAUGGUCAGGUUGGGUGAUCCGAAAAUGUCUUGUACAUCUUGUUUGCUUUUGUCUGUUUCAUGCCUUCACCUCUUUAGAAGGUUUUUUUUUGUCAGUUGUAUGAUAUUUUUCCCUAAGAUUAUCAGACAAUAACAAAUUGUUUUGCUCUUAUAUGACGUGUGACACUUGAGUUACAGUGCACAUCAAGGAGUUGUAAUAAAAUUAGUAAAACUUUCAGUAAGAAAAUCUAUGUGUACAGGUUUCGACAAUGUAGAGAUUAAUAAAAUUAACAAGGUUAUAUGUAUAUAUUCAGACAUUUGGGAAAGCCUUGUUUUAGUUUUGUUUGUUUGUUUGUUUGAAUUUAUUGUUCCUAAGGCCUAUAAAAAUGACUUCUAUAGGAAAUUUCUGUGAAACGCACUAGAAAGUCCCAUUUCACAGGUCACCAUGAUGCUUUCUUUAAUCACUCUUUGCUACAUCUUGUUCACUUUUUGGUUUUACAAAAAAAUAAAAGAUCUAAUGUUAAAAAAUAAAAGAUUCACAAAGAAAUGUAUUUGCAAUGUAUAAAUGAUACCGUGCAUUAUUUUGUAAAAUCAACUUUUUGGGAUACGGUUUGUUUUGAAAUAAAGCACCUUUUUCUGUGA